CCGCUCCCGCAGCUGGGUGGGCGGUGGGCACGGUAAGGCCGCCCGCAGCAUCCACUCCUUGGACCAUCUCAAGGCAGGAUUUCUCAACCUGUGGGUUGGGACCCAAAAUUGGGUGGCCAGAAUGUUUCAAAGGGUCGUGUGGCAGUUCCUGUGGCUCCUAUCCCACAGCUGGGCUUGACUCCCUGCUCCCGGCACUGCAACUUUGGGUUCCCAGUGCCACUCAGGUUUGGCCCAGCCAUCGUGAUGACAGGAAUCUGGGUAUAUGUAUCAUGUUUUGACCAAAAAUACCACAGUAACGGAUCACAACCGCAAUCUGUUAGUGGAGACUAUUCGUUCUAUAACUGAGAUCCUUAUAUGGGGAGAUCAGAAUGACAGCUCCGUGUUUGACUUUUUCUUAGAGAAGAACAUGUUUGUUUUCUUCUUGAACAUCCUGCGUCAGAAAUCUGGUCGUUAUGUAUGUGUACAGCUGCUGCAGACCUUGAACAUCCUCUUUGAAAAUAUUAGUCACGAGACAUCACUCUAUUAUUUGCUCUCUAAUAACUAUGUAAAUUCUAUCAUUGUCCACAAAUUUGACUUUUCUGAUGAGGAGAUCAUGGCAUAUUAUAUCUCAUUUCUGAAAACACUUUCCCUGAAACUCAACAAUCACACUGUACACUUUUUUUACAAUGAGCACACUAAUGAUUUUGCCUUGUAUACGGAGGCCAUUAAAUUUUUUAACCACCCAGAGAGCAUGGUCAGAAUUGCUGUCAGGACUAUAACUUUAAAUGUCUACAAAGUGGACAACCAGCCUAUGUUGCACUACAUUCGAGAUAAAACUGCUGUCCCCUACUUCUCCAACCUUGUUUGGUUUAUUGGGAGCCAUGUGAUAGAACUGGAUAACUGUGUGCAGACUGAUGAAGAGCACAGAAAUAGAGGCAAAUUGAGUGAUUUGGUAGCAGAACAUCUGGAUCAUUUGCAUUAUCUUAAUGAUAUCCUCAUCAUUAAUUGUGAAUUCUUAAAUGAUGUGCUCACAGACCAUCUACUUAAUAGGCUGUUUCUGCCUCUCUAUGUGUAUUCAUUAGUAAAUCAAGAUAAGGGUGGGGAGCGUCCAAAAAUAAGUCUCCAAGUUUCUCUCUAUCUUCUCUCACAAGUUUUCCUGAUUAUACAUUAUGCACCUCUGGUGAACUCGCUGGCUGAGGUUAUUCUUAAUGGAGACCUUUCAGUAUUCUCCUCAAAAGUUGAGCAAGAUAUCCAGAGAAAUUCAGCAAAAUCAAGCAUCAGAUGCUUCAUAAAACCUACAGAGACACUGGAGAGAUCUCUUGAAAUUAACAAGCAUAAGGGAAAGAAGAGGUUGCAAAAAAGACCCAACUAUAAAAAUGUUGGUGAAGAGGAGGAAGAGGAGAGAGGACUUGAGGAUACUCAAGAAGACCCAGAUAAGGCUAAAGGUACAGAGGGUAGUUCAAAAGGCAUCAAGGCAAGUGGGGAAAAUGAAGAAAUAGAGAUGGUAAUCAUGGAGCGGUGUAAGAUGUCAGAAUUAUCUAUCUCAACGGUGACAGAGCAGAAUACAACUGAUGAAGAAAAGAGUGCUGCUGCCUCUGGGAGUGAAAUGACAAACUGGAGCAGGCCUUUUCUCGAUAUGGUAUAUAAUGCACAGGACUGUGCUGAAGAUGAUUACUAUGCUCUCUUUGUACUUUGUCUUCUGUAUGCAAUGUCUCAAAAUAAAGGAAUUGACCCAGUCAAGCUGGAGAGAAUUCAGCUUCCAGCCCAGCAUGCUGAGGAGAAAAGCUCAUACAACCACGUGCUUGCAGAAAGGCUCAUCAGGAUAAUGAAUUAUGCUGCUCAACCAGAUGGAAAAGUUCGUCUGGCAACACUGGAACUGGGCUGUCUAUUACUAAAGCAGCUGGUAUUAUCUAAAAGUGGCAGUAUUAUAAAAGAUGUUCACCUUGCUUGCCUUGAGGGUGCAAGAGAAGAGAGUGUUCAUCUUCUGCGGCACUUCUAUAAGGGAGAAGAGAUUUUUCUGGAUAUGUUUGAAGACGAAUACAGGAGUAUGACAAGUAAGCCCAUGAAUGUGGAGUACUUGAUGAUGGAUGCCUCCAUUCUUCUCCCACCAACCGGGACACCACUAACUGGUAUUGAUUUUGUGAAAAGACUGCCAUGUGGAGAUGUGGAAAGAACACGAAGAGCAAUCAGAGUUUUCUUCAUGCUCCGUUCACUGUCACUGCAUUUGCGAGACGAGCCAGAAACUCAGUUGCCAUUGACAAGGGAGGAGGAUCUAAUAAAAACGGAUGAUGUUCUUGACUUGAAUAACAGCGAUUUAAUUGCUUGUACAGUGAUUACAAAAGACGGAGGUCAAGUUCAGAGAUUUCUGGCUGUGGAUAUUUACCAGAUGAGUUUAGUUGAGCCAGAUGUUGCCAGACUGGGCUGGGGAGUAGUUAAAUUUGCGGGCCUUUUGCAGGAUAUGCAGGUAACUGGAGUAGAAGAUGACAGCAGAGCUCUGAAUAUAAUAAUUCACAAACCUGCAUCUAGUCCGCAUUCUAAGCCCUUCCCCAUUCUCCAAGCCACAUUUAUUUUUUCUGAUCACAUUCGCUGUAUCAUUGCGAAGCAGCGUUUAGCAAAGGGCCGCAUCCAAGCUCGACGUAUGAAAAUGCAGAGAAUUGCGGCUCUCCUGGAUCUUCCUGUCCAGCCUUCAACUGAAGUGAUGGGUUUUGGACACAGCUCUGCAUCUGCAUCACAGCACCUGCCAUUUAGAUUUUACGACCAGUCACGGCGUGGCAGCUGUGACCCUACUGUACAGCGAUCGGUUUUCGCAUCUGUGGACAAAGUCCCAGGUUUUGCAGUAGCCCAGUGUAUAAACCAGCCCAAUCCAUCACCGCUUUCAUCACCAUCUCCUUCUUCCAGUGGCAGUGGGAGUACUGGACAUUGUGAUUCAGUUACUGCCAGCUCAACUUCCACUCCCUCUGCAGCACACAGUCCAUCAGGUCUGGCAGGAAAGGACGACGGCGGGUGUUUAGUCUGUCGGAGGCUGACAGUCACGGUGGACACUGGGUUUAGGUCUUCAAGCAGCAGCUGCAACCGCAACUCGUGCAAAAUCAAUGCAGUAGAUGACUCUUCAGUUCCUGAACAGCCUCCCAUGACCUUUUCCAGUCAGGUGGUGAUGGUUGAUGAAACCUCUUCAGCUGCCUCAAAAUCUGGCAAGAACCCUGUAAAGAACCCUGAAGUGGAAACAGCUAACCUAUCCCCUAGCCUGAUUCCUGCACAACAGCCUACAAUAUCUCUAAUCUCCGAUGACAGUACAGAUGCACUGAGCGUAGAGUCACUUACACUGGUCCCACCGAUUGAUCCACACAGCAUUCAUACUUUCAGCUGCAUUCCUCAGUCUUCCUUGCCUUCUGAAGUUUGCGGAGUGACAGAGGGAGAGGGUUCUGAUCAAAAUCAACAAGUAGACUGAUGAACAGUGAAGAAAAUGCAACUGACUGCUCUGUAUUUUCUUUAAGUGAGGUGAUGGGGGCAUUAAUAAAGCCACAAAGGCCAGUUGGCUCACAAGAAAGAGGCCAGUUACUCAGUAACUCAAUGUAUGGGCACCUCUUUAAAAUAAACAUUAUACAUUCAGCAUUUUUGAAGGAAAUCUCUGUUGUAAUAUGGGAAAGUGAAGAAGCUUUGUUGGGAUACCUUGGCUUCAUGAUGUUUUACUUCUCCAAAUAUGGAGAGACAGCAUUUGCCAGAAAAAGGAAAUAUUUUAGGAUAUUAUAGUACAGAGAUGCUGUUUCCAUUUGAAACAGUUUUUCUAUUCUGUUGGCCUCAUUCAGCUUUUAGAGGUAUGGCAUAAAAACAGACUUGGCCACUUUCAGUAUUGUAUUCAUAGGAUUGUAAGCUUUAAUAUUGUAACCUCUGUGUAAUAUUUAUUUCAAUGUUUGACUCAAGGCAACAUAAAUAUCAAGGAAAGAUUUUUUUAUUAAAAUGAAACAUCCCCCUGAUAUAACAAUCAAAGGCUUAUUCGGGUUAAUAGAAGACGUUUUUUGAGAGGCAAAUUAUGUAGUUUUUUGCAUAACCAACUACAGAGGAAUGUGAAUUAUUUUUAGACCCUGAUGUUCUACAUUUUCUUAAGUGAUUGUUUUAGUCUGUUUGUUCACUUCUGACAGAGGCAAAUUCCCUUCUGCAGAAGGACACUAUCUCUUCUUUAGAAACAGCCACAAGAGCUUGUGCUACAUACAAAUUUCCAUCUCCAAUGUAGCCAGGAAGGCACCUUACCCAGCUGAUGAUAUCUCACUUUAGAAGGAUGAAACUCAAAAGGGAAUUUUUCUAUCUGGAACCAGCUAACCCCGAUGUUAACCAGAUUAAACUUCUCAGUGAAUGUUAAUCUGAUCUGAAGCCAAUCUGAUCUGUAGGUCCUGGUACGGAGAAGAUAGAAAUUAAAGAGAAACCAUAACACUUGACGGUAGUUUGGCAUGUUCUUUGCUGAAUUGAUUCAUACUUUAACAUGAAUAGAAUUUAACCGCUCUCAAGUAAAUCUGAAGUGCAUUCAUUUCAAGUGGUGAUAAAACUAGCAGGGAAUAAUUAUUGCUGCAUAGAUGAUGAUGAAAGGUAUUUCCUGGUUCUCAAAAAUUAACACACACUUGGUUUUGCUUCCUUUUUUAUUUUAGUUAGCCACAGAGCCUAUUAUGUGAUUCUGUCCCUGUUGAAAUCAGUGAGAAUUUGCCAUUGCAUUCAAUGGUAACAAAACUAGACUUCAGUCUUGUGUAGGAUUAAUUUGAAAAGCGCGUAUCUAUCUUCCAUUCACCUUGCCAUGGUUACAUGAUUGUUUGGCCCUCAAGAAGGGAAUACUUGAGCAGGAUGUUUUAAAGGUUGUGUUUAUAUAUUUGACACACUUCUGACUUUUGGUCUAACUUUGUUUGCUGCUUGCUUUUUCAGGCUUGGCCCUUUGUGAAGUAACUUACCCGUAGCAAAAUACACAUAUACAUAAUGUUAGAAGUGGUGGUGGAGCGAGUAAGUGUUUGUUCCUAUGUUCAUAAUUGACUGAUUCAGAUCUGUUACACUGACUCCUUUUCGCUCCUGUGGACUUCUGCAGGUGUUUAACCAGUCUAUCUGAGAGUCUGAUCCUGCAAAUGCGAUGGCCCCAAGCCCAACAUGAAGUCUGAGAGUUGGUGGUUCUCCGCACCAUUCAGGAGAUGCUUAGCAACUUGUGGAACCAAACUCAGAUCAGAAUUUAGCCUUCGGGUGGAAUGGGAGCCCAUAUUUCUUUUGGACUAAUCUUAGACUUGGUAGUUGAAAGACCAUCUCAAACAUGAUUACCUGCUUAUUUUGAAAAUCUUCUUUUGUGCUAGAUGUGACAUUUCACUCGACUUAGAGCACAGAAAAUGCCAUACUGCAAAGUAAAUUGUUCUAAAUAGUGUUACUUUUAAAUGGAAAUUUGGGGUCUUUGUUAAAAGAAACAUAUUUACCUAAUUUAAAAUUACAAUCUAGUUAAAUUAAGUCAACAGCCACAAAAUAGGCCAGUUAGCAAGCAAUGCACCUUCUUACCUCUAAGCCAUAAUGCACACUAAGAGAUGGGACAAAGGAUUUUUUUUUAAUAAGUUUACAGAAAAAUAAGACUCGAAAGGAAAGUGUCUUAGUCUCUGCUUCCAGGUACAUUGUGGUACUUGAAUUGUCUGCUGGAAGUUUUAAAGGGAAGAGGAGGGUGAAAACAUGUAUUAAUAAAGAGAAAACAGAAUAAAUGACUAAACAGUUAUGUCAUUCAAACAAUUGUUCAGACUGGUUUGUUUCUAAUCUUAAAACGUAUAUAAGAAUUGACAAUGCUUAAUGCUGCAUUAAGGAGAGUUCACUAUAUAAAACCCCUAUAGAUACUGAAAUGUAUCUUCUGGAAAUCUUUGUUCUGUUUACAAAUAUAGUGUAUUACUCAUCUGUUGCUCUUCGAAGAGUAUCAUAUCUAUCACUUAUCAGAAAAGCUCAAGAGCUGUUUCCUUAGCCCCCUUUCGCUGUAAAAGGGAAGUAGAAACAAGAAAGCAUUAGCACAGCAGCCACUUUUUUUUUUAAACAAGAAUUGAUUGAAUCUAUGUGUUCUCACUAUCAUCUUAACCAAAUCCUCACUGUUCUCCAAACAUACGGGUCUAGCUUAAGGCUCAAUAUUUUUGGUGCAAUUCUGUGGGGUCUCUAAAGAGGAUCAUUAUAAAAAUAGCAUAUGUAGAAAUGGACCAGAACAUAACACUGAACUUGAACUCACUCAAAUGUGAGGAGAUGCUGCGAUCUGGUUAUGAAUUUUGGGGUUUGUUUCCAUCCUUUACUCAUGGCUCUUGCUGAAUACUAACUAGAUAAAGCCCCUCAAAUUCCUCCCUGUGAGAUGAGACCAGCAAAGAAGUCAGUGGUAUACUGAAUGUGACUUUUGCUGUUUCUUAGUCUAUUCGUCUCACAUGUAUUUUAUCAAAUCUGUACCAAGAUGCUGUAGUUCACAUGGGCUGUUAUGUCUCUCCUCACCUUUGCUCUGCCCCCAUCACACUGAUGGUCUUAGUAGUUUUCAAUGAACUGUAAGAGUAGAACCUAGAUUUUCAGUCUAACAGAAUAACUGCAACAUACACUUAAGUAAUCUGGUGUAGGAAAAUAUCGAGAGAGACAGGGCCUGAUUCUGAUCUGCACUUCACCGGAGUAAAUAAGGAAUAAUUCUUCUGGAGUCAGUGGAGUUAUGUAUAAAACUGGUUUGAAGCCUCAUUCAUUUUCCUGAGGCUUUUUAAAAUUUAAACUUAGGAAAUUGUAUUUUUGGUUUCCUUUGUUGUAGGAUUCUGUGGAUUAACCAUGCUCAGUAGAAAUAUUGCCACUGUGUUAAUAGAUAGAUAGAUUCAUGGAAGAUAGGUCCAUCAAUGGCUAUUAGCCAGGAUGGGCAGGGAUGGUGUCCCUAGCCUCUGUUUUCCAGAAGCUGGGAUUGGGUGACAGGGCAUGGAUCACUUGAUGAUAACCCGUCUGUUCAUUCCCUUUGGGCCAUUGGCCACUGUCAGAAGACAGGAUACUGGGCUUGAUGGACCUUUGGUCUGACCCAGUAUGGCUGUUAUGUUCUUAAUAUACAAAUAGAGAGUCCAUAAUUUGAGAGGGUAAUUGCCCUGGUCCCACAGUAAGAGAUGAUUGCACACACAUUGUCCAUUGCUAAUUGGUGGUAGUUUAAAAUUCAGACUGGAUGAGUUAUAGUACAUUUUAUUAAUAAACUGCUGGCUACCCAAGGAAAUAGUGCAUUUUGUUCCUUAUAUUAGGCAGAGGGUUGUAAAUAGGGAAUUAACUUGUUAAAGGAGUUCUUCAGCAUUCCUCAUGACCUUUAGUUCGAGGAGUUCUAAACUUUGUUCAGUUAAGGGCUUCGGUAACAAAAGGUGAGAGGAUCUGUUCUUCAAUCACAUGUAUGGAAUUAGUGCAAGUAAUUUCACAUUCCGGAUUGUUGUUCAAGACAUACCUGAUGCUCAGACCGGAAUUCCAGAUCAGGGAAGAGUCAAAUCUGGAUCCCUGUUCACAAUUUAAGCCCAUCUGUAGUGAGCCUCAUAAAUCCCUUGCACAUCAGUGAGACUAGAAAUAAUGUUCCUUUGUGGAUUUUAGUUCUAAAAUGUCAUAGCUAUCUUAUGUGUGCAAAGUUUUAGAAGAUAUUGAAAGUUAAAAUGGUUUAGUUAUAGCAAAAUGAGCAGCAGCCAGCAGGUUUUAAGUUAUUCUGAUCUUUCUAAUUAAGCAAUAAGCUGCAAUUUCUCUGCUGUUAUAAGUGGCCUUGGAUGAUUAUUUUAACCACUCUAGAUAUGCAAUAAUUACCCUGUAAUUGAGUGUCAUUUUUCCAAUAGGAAAUGGAUUUUAUUAAUAAAAUGAGGGAAACCCAUCAGGUCAAACUGUAUCCAAAUUUCUGAAGCCAUUAAUAAAAUUCAACAUGUCUGUUUGCUAUACUCUGUGUUUAAUGUGUUCUUUUAUAAUCUCAUAUGUUGCUGUGCCUGUAUUUGCUCUUCUGGGUACAGAACUAUAAAAUAACCUACUUAAUAUUCACUAUGCUAAUCACUGCUUUUCCACAAAACCACCAGUCGUCUUACUUCACUUCUGAGCAAAGUUUAAAAAGAUGAGUGCUGUUAGCUGACAAUUUGAUUGGACAGCUACUACCUGGAGAACUAAACGCCAAAAUGAAAGAUUUGAGAAGGGAGAGGGAGGCAUCAGUUGGGGGCCAUGCCCUGGUGAGAAAUCUGCCUUCCACCUCCAGCUACUCGGAAGGGAGAGGCUGCUGGGAUUUUUACUGGGGUGCUGCCUUUGAUCCUUAUCUUUCUGGCUACUUCAUGUGAUAUAUUUAAAACUCCCUUCCCAUCCUAUACUCUUCUCUGGAUGCUAGAAAGGAGUUUUCUCUUCCACACAUAUGCAAAGCUCCACUCCCCUGCCAUUACCACCACCUUGCUGGCCACUGUGCUCCCUUAACCAAUUCUCCUUUUUUGCAUGGUCCUCUCAAAGAGUAGCUUCACUGCUUGCCUCUGCUGUUCAGAGCUUUCCCAAACAUCAGCAGGAUGAAAUUGAAAUUCUUGUCAGUCUUACUGCUUCCUACAGGCUUCUGAACAACAGCAGUGAACCUGAGCAGAAUUUUGUUAGUUUCACUUUGCUGCUGCCCAGAAAAACUGAGCAGCAACAGCGGCACUGGAAAGAGAGUAUUGCACUGGGUCAAAUUCAGAAGGUUCUCUUCACACAGUAAGGGCCAGAAAUGUAAUGUUUUUAUAAUAGAGGUUUAGAUUCUAUACAACUAUUGCUGUCUUUGGCUCCCCAAAGUUUGUUCAAGCCCUACAGAUUGCUAAAAUUUCAUUCCUUUUACAAAAUAUUCUAUAAGAUGUUGCUCGAUAUUUUUACUAGUAUAUUACAAAUUUAACACUAAAUUGCACUUGUCAAAAGAAUAGUACAUUUUGGAGGCAGUAGCCCUUUUUAUUGUAUUUGAUUACAUGGUAAUUUGCAGAUUUCAGUCAUCAAUAAUGGGUCAUCCAGUCAUUAGUGUGAAUUAAAGUUCUACUAUAUUGGAUUAGAAAUUUCUGUAGAUAACUAUUCAUUGUUUAUUUUUUAAUCAUUGUAGUGACUGAGUAGUAUGUAUAUUUCACAUACACAAUAGUUUGUUGUAAUGAAAUAACACAUAGCUUAAUGAAUAGUAAUGUUUAAUGGCAUUUAUUUAAUUCAAAUUGUUUUCUGAAGAAAAUGAUACAGAGCCUAAGGUAAAUCAGGUACUGUGUUCCCAGUAUUAGUUUAAAAUAAGCUGUCACACAUUGUGUACGAUUCUCUUAGCCAUUGGCUAGUCAUUUAUACCAGUCAAAUAUUCUGAUUUGGUUGUUUUUUCCUCUCUGGUGUACAUGACUACCCCAGGACUGACACAGAGGAAAACCUGGCCCGUGUGUUAAUGUUUAUUACCCGAUAAGUGGAUGUAAGGACUAAGUGCAGUUGACAAUGUUAUAGUGUACAUGAAGCUAAUUUAAGAGGGGCGGGGAUUGCUAAUGGCUUCAGUUUUGCAAACUAGAGAUGAUUUACUAGAACCCUGAAAGUCUGGCUUUGUUUGCCCUGUAUAAACACUAAGUAGUAAUCUGUUAAACCAUUGUAACUUCAGGCAGCACCGCUGUCACCCUCUCCACCUGGCAAAUAUGUUUCUUUUGUUGUUUGAGCUAUUGAACUUCGUUGCAAACAUUUUGCUUCAUUUUAAAUUGCUUUGAAAGUUGAAUUCUGUUUUAGGUACAAAGGGGAAACAAACCUAUAUUUUUACAUAAGUGAAUGUAUUCAGGCACUGUGCAGUACAUAAUCACUCAGUGAGCAGAAAGGGGUGUAUUCUUAUGAAAUAUAUUUGAAUAACCUUGUGUAUGAGAUGUAUUUGAUUAAAAAACACAGGGUGGAUUUAAUUCUGAAAUGUCUUUUCUACAUGCAAUAAGUAUAAACUAUUUAACAUAGUUUGUAUUAGACAUUCAGAGUAAAUGUGACAGUACGUUAUGUUCAUUUAAACUGAAGGAAAAUGUAAAUAGAUGUCUGGGGAAGGGGAAAAAUUAGGAAAUAUUUAUGUACAUUUCUGUAACUUUACGGACUUGUACAGAAGGGUGAAUUUCCUGGCAUGAAUCAUGUUUCACUGGUGUUGAACACCUGGACAGGAAUGAAUAAUGGAAUUUUCUUUGUAAAUUGAACUUUGCAAUAAAAAUGGCAUUACUGAGAACCUUU